CAAACGCCACUUAUUCGCCAUUUUCACAUCGUCUUUGACGUUCACGUCCUCGUGCUAAAUCGCCCUAAUUGCCGACUUGAGGCCGUGAAAUUUGAGAAUCAGGCUUAUGUAGUUAUGAAACCUGAUACGUCUUGAUUCCCGUGUCAAGCAUAAACUGUUAUUUCAAGCAAGAAGCGUUUCCAUCCAGAGAUUUUCUUUCCCAGGAAAAUUCAAUUGUCCCUUACGUAUCUUACCAGCAAUGACUAACCAGACAAACUUAUCUUCCAACGAAUCUCCCACUGCUGCUGCAUGUGAUGUUGAUACAAGAUAUUAUCCUCACCUGUUUCUGAUUCCUGCUGCAAUAAUUCUCACGAUAUUGUCAUUUCUGCGACGAAGAAAGAGUUUCAAGAAAGACGUUUGGGGAGGCCGACCAGGACUUGUUAUCCCUGUAGAUUUCCUUGGUAUCGAUCAUGACCGACUUGCCACCAUGUUUGUGUUUGGAGCUGCUACUGGAUCAAUCGUCAAACUAGUUUUUGGAGGAGUGAUCGAAGGCAGCAAUGCUUGGGGAAAAGCGUUUCUCAUCGUUGGCAUUGCAAUUGAAAUUGCUUUCAUUUAUUAUCCCUACUUCGCUUGCCUGACGUCGUAUCAUAGAAUUGUUGGGGCAAUGAUGGGCCUUCCGUAUAGCGUGAUCUAUUUUUGUGUAGUAUUAGCGAGCGCUUUUCAGCAGUGUAAAACCAAUACUGCGUCCGAGCACGGUUCAGUCUUCUUGAUAAAUAUACCAAUAAUAAUAUGUUAUGUUUUCAUCAUUGGCAAGUUUGUACUCGUACUUUAUCGAGAGAUUAAAGAAUAUGGAAUCUUCGGAGUGCAGUUAUUUUCCCAUGAUGAUGAAAGUUUCUCUUCGCAAAUGAAAUUGGUCAGACCUUGGUUGACGAAUCACGUGAAAAACAUUUUCCAACCGAGACCACCUCCCCAGUAUUCAAGAACUGAGUUCUACCUGAGGAAAAUUUACAAUCCCGAGAAAGAUUUUAAAUUUUCAACUGAAACUCUCUCUGUGAUGAUGAUCUGUGGCAUUCUGCUUUACGCUUUCUUCAUCGGAGGUUUAUAUUCGAUCAGUAUGAAACUAGAAAAAUUAAACUUCCCAUUUCCCUCGUUUUUGGAGCUGUUCCGUGGGUUAUUGGGUUCACUUUUGGCUGCUGUUUUUCUUACAACAAUAAUCUGUACGCUCUCCCUCGUUCGUUUCAUGGAAAAUCAUAAGAAUAAUAUGCUGAGGAUGUUCAGAGGAGAUAAAUCGUUUAUCCCUAAAAACAUAAGUGCGUCCCAGUUUAUGGUUGGAAGAGGACUUCGAUUCCAUAGUUUUCAGAUUGGAUACUUUCUGUGGGGAUUAAUUUUCGACUGGAUUACCUUGUUUCUUCUCUGUUUUGUUUUAUUUCUUCUGCAAUAUCGUUUGGUCUGGAAAAUUAUUCAUCACUUUGUUGGUGAAUCCAGCAUUAUGGCGGGAGUGGCUUUUUUCAUAUGGAUGUGUACCCUCAUUGCUUCUGUGACAAUAUUCCGUGAUUAUAACUACUCCAGGAAUGUCAUUUCCAUAAACAACAGUUAUUCACCAGGCAUAUCUGAAGUGCAAACCCAGACUCUGUUUUUACGUCCUCCCUAG